AUGACGGCUGUCGGCUCGUUCACGCUGAGCUGGAUCCUUGCAUCCCUCUCCUUGCGGGCGCUGCUGACCCUCGCUGGUGCGAAGAUCUCCGAUGCCGAUGCCGCGGGCAUGGAGUCUACCUGCCGGCGCAUCUCUGUCAGAGCAAUCUUGUCGGGUCGUCUUUGCAUGAAGCAGGCCGUGGCAACUCAGGCGCUGGAGGUGACGCUGCGCGUUGCCCCGGGCAGAGGCGGCAGCAGCGAGGCCGACGUCCACAUGGCCCUCUACCUCUGCCAGCCCGGGCUCGGGGACGGACGGCGACCGCCCCGCGAGGCCGCCGCGGACGGGCCGGGCAUGCCGGUGCUGGAGCUCGCGUCCGAGUCCUUCACGGUGCCCUCUCCUCGCGGGAUGAUCCACUCGGUGCGGCUGGGCUACGACGGGGCGGGCCACACCCUGGAGGCGUCCUUCGGCGUGGACUCCGACGGCCCAGCCUUCGCCGUGGAGCUGGACCUCGGCGCGGCCAUCUCGCUGGACCUGGGCUGCGCCUACGUCGGGCUCUGCCAGCUGCCGCUGGGCCACCGGCACCGGGUGGUCGCUGGCCCCUCGGCCGGCACGCCCGUGGCGCAGGCGCCGCGGCGCGAGGCGCUGGACCAGCCAGUCUCCAUCGUCUCCUGGCGCCACUCCAUGGACGCCUUGCGCACGGCUGCCGACGCGGCCUCCGCGCCCGCGCAGGGCGGCGCGCGGCGCCGGGCGCAGGACAACAAGGAGCUGGUCAUGAGGGACGCGUGGUUCUCCGCCAUGGAACUCAGCUACGACGCGCCCUGGCCGUUGCCCCUGGUCAUCACGCAGGCCAGCAUGGAGCGGUACAACCGCCUCUUCAAGCUGCUGCUGGCCUUCCGGCACGUGCAGCUGGAGCUGCUGCGCGCAUCCCUUCCCCGCGGCGAGCUGCUGCCGUGGGCAAUGCGGUCAGAGCUGAGCUUCUUCGUGUCACAGGUGCUCGUCUACUUCCAGCAGGACGUCAUCGAGGCCUCCUUCGCUAAGCUAAUGCACUCGGUGGAGGCCUCCCGCGAGUUCGGCGAGGUCCUAGAGGCCCACGAGGGCUUCCUUGCGACCCUAUCCGCGCAGUGCUUCCUGACGGCGCAGGAGAUCCACGACGCGCUGAUGACGGCCCUGCAGAUCGCCGCGCUGUUCUGCUGGCGGAUGGGGGAGGACCGCGGCUGGAGCAGCCACCGUCGGGCGGCCGCCGCGGCGUGGCCGCUAGCGGGCAUGGGGCGGCAGGGCAGGAGGGGGAGGCCCGCCCGCGGCGGGCGCGGCGGCGCGGACGCCGACGGCGAGAAGGCGGCCGCCGGCGUCGCGUCCGCGAAGGCGCCGCCGCCCUCGAAGGCCGCGCCGGGCCGCGGCGAGGCAGCCGCCGCCCCCGACGCGCCCGCGAAGGAGGCACGGCUGUCAAAGGCCGCCGUGGCGCAGCAGCUGGAAGCGCACUCUGACGCCGGCCCGAGAGGAUCGGCGGCCUGCUCGGAGGAGGCCUCGGUGGAGGACGACGGCUUCAUGAUCCGCAAGCUGCUCAUCACCUUCGACGACAUCGACCUCCGCGUGCGCCGCCCCAGGGCGAGGCGGGGCGCCCAGGAGCUGCCUCCGGACACGCCGGGCACGCCUCCGGACCCGUCGGGUACGCCGGCGGAGAAGCUGGUGCGGUGCCUCCGCAAGGUCAUUCAGACAACCUCGUCGCGGAGGAUACAGUACAAGCUUCAAGACCUCAUGCUCGACUGGCUGCACAUGCCGGCGCCCUCCGCGGACGGGGGCCCUCCCCCCGACGUGUACGCGUGGGCGAGGGCCCGGCAGGACUUCUGGAAGGCCUACCACGUUGACGCGACAAAGUGGGAGGGCGCCUCCCUGGGCCCGGGCCGCGCAGCCGCUGGCCCGCAGGCGGUGUCUGGUGGCGCGGGCCGCUGUGAGCUGGGCAUCGUGGGCCCCGAGCUCAGCCGCCACGCCACGCUGGGGGCCCUCGGCAGGCCGCUGAGCGCCGCGGCGGCCGAGGCCACGCUGAGGCACGGUCCGCGACCGGUCCAGACGCUCGAGGAGCUGUUCGAGUCGACGGCGCCCGGCGACGAGCGGCAGCGCGGCAGCUCGAGCGGCGGCAGCUCCUGCGCGGGCGGGCCCAGCGAGCCCCAGGGCCGCGAGGCGCGCAGCACCUCGUCGCUCCGGGCGCCCGACGCGGGCGCGAGGCCGCCGGUGCUGCCGGACCUCUCCCGGGCGGCGUCCAUGCCCGGCCUGGUGCACCUGGACGAGCUGGCGGAGGGCAGGGGCCGCUCGUGCGUCUGGGCGGUGACGGAGGCGGCGCGGCUGUGCGCCGGUGCGCCCAGCAAGAGCUCGACGGCCGGCGCCGGCAGGGGCGCCUCCUCCGCGUCGAGGGCGCCGAGGCGGCCCGUGCGGGGGGAGAGCUUCCCGCGCGCGCACCAGGUGCAGGACUCGGGGGCGUUGGUGCAGUCGGACACUUGGAAGUACUUCCAGGAGUGCCGGCGGCUGAAGAUGGUGCCGCGCAUGCCCGCGAUGUUCCUGGGCCCCGAGGCCGCCAUCUGCACGAGCCCGUCCGGCGACGCGAACCUGACCUUGUCGGAGAUCAGAACCCCGGGGGGGCGCCGGAAGCUCAAUAAGCUCACGUUCGAGAGCAGCGUGCCCACCAUUAGCAUCUCUGGGGAGAUGAGCGACCGGGACCUGCUGGCGCUCUGCGAGCCGUUGGGCGGGCACGAGCCUCGCCUGGCGAACCUGGACCUCUCGCGCAACGCCUUCACGGAUGCCGGCGUCGCCAAGUUCCUGGAGCACAUGCAGGAGUGGAUGACCCUGGAGGUCCUGGAGCUCGCUGGGUGUGUCCUCUCCGAGAGCACGUGGGCCUCCUUCUGCACAGCCCUGCACGUGCACGACCGCCUGGUCGAGCUGGACGUCUCGGAGACGGGCCUGGGGCGGGUCUCGCAGCGGUCCGUGCAGCAGAUCGCCCUCUUCGCCAUGGACGCCCGCCGGCUGCGCCGCCUGUGCAUCUCGAGGGGGAACUGCAUCUUCCAGGAGGGCUUCGAGGCGCUGGCCGAGACCGUGCGCCGCACCGCGACGAUCGGGCACCUGGACGUGAGCCACAACGCUAUGACCCACCUGGUCAGCAGCUCGAGCUGCCCGGGUGCCUCUGCGUCCGAGGCGCCCCCGCGGCCUGCCAGCGGCGGGGGCGGACGGGCGGCGUCUAAGGGGCGGGCCCCCCCCGCGGCGGCGGGGCGGUCGGCGGCGGCGGGCCCCGGCUUCAACCCGAUGGCGCUGCUGUGCGAGGCGCUCAGCCAGAACCAGUCGCUGGUCGAGCUCUGCAUGGCCUCCUCGUCCCUCGACUACGCGGUGGACGUGGUGCUGCUGACGGCUCUGCAGCCCAACAAGACGCUGCAGUACGUCGACAUCUCUGGCAACCCGCAUGGCGGUCAGGGGCUCAAGGCCCUCCUGAGGGUGCUGAUGGACCCCGACUCGAGCCUGGUCUCGUGCAUCGCUGGUAGCGCUUCGGGCUGCGCAGAGACAGCCCCCUCAGGGACGUUCUCGACACGUGCUGCGGCCAGGCUAUUCGGGUGGCACGCCGAGGCCAGCUGGGACCACCGAGAGGGGCGGCCUGUGCGCGACACGAAGCCUCACCGGUGCAUCGUGACCGACUUCCGCGAGUGCAGCCCUGGGCCUGACGCGGUGGUGGUGAACUUCGCGGCCCCCAACGGCCGCUACGAGCUGGACCUCGGCCACCCGCAGCACCGCGCGGUGGCCCGCUGGCUGCUGUCGGAGGCGGCAGUGAACGACCCGCGCGGGGACCCUGCAGGUGCCUUCUCCCACGUCAGCUGCGACUUCCCGACUGCUGUCAAGGCGCAGUUCGGCGAGGGCUGGUACGCGGAGGGCAGCGAGGGCCACUGGGAGGUGCCCACGCGGGGCAAGCUGAAGCUGAGCUUCGCGCUGGACCUGCAGCUCGCCGCCCACAAGACGGCCGUGGGCGCGGUCCGGCGCUGGAUGACGUCCCGCAGGAUCCCCGUCACCCUCAGCCGCUUCGUGCUGCUGCACGAGCUCUUCUUCGGCCUGAGCUUGGAGCAGAAGGCUUUACUGAUUCAGUCCAUGGGGGAGACUUUGUUGCUGAAGACCUGCCACCUCCAGAAGCUCCUGAAGACGUGCCCGAUGCUGCACGACGUGAUGGUGCGCAGCCUGUACCCCACGCUGGUGGACACACGGCAGCUGCUCCUCUUCGAGCUCAUGUCCAAGCAGAAGACGGUUGCGGCGCGCUUCCGGAAAGAGGCUCGGGCCUUGUUUUUCUUUCAAGACUCGAGCCCUACCGGGGUUUACCAGCUGAGUCUGGACCAGCUCACUGACCGCUUCGUUGCAGAAAGGUUGCAGAUCAUCAAUGCCUACGAAAAGGCCAUAGCGAUCGGCGGCAAGAUGGUCGAUACCUCGCAGCACGGCAAUCACGAGGGUGCCCGGAACGUCACUUGGUUGUGGCAGCCGCUCAAAAGCCUGCAGCUUUUUCAGGUGCCAGCGAACCCCAUGGCAGGAUCCCUGAAUCUCGACUACGCGAGCCCCCCGCACUCUGCCCCGCGCCUCGCGGACCCGGCGACGGCCGACGCCGUGGUGACGCAGCUGAUCGCUGCCAUGACGGCCAGCGAGUGCAGCCCGGAGGACAAGAUCAUGGCAUUCCGAACGGUCUCCCAGCACAUGGUCUUCACGGUGGUGCAGGUGUCCAGGCUGUGCCGUGCGCUCCCGAACCCGCGCCGGCCCGAGGGGAUGGGCGACGUGGCAUGGCGAAUGACCCGGUCAUUGAAGAACAGGCGCACGGCCAUGACCAGCGCUUUCCAGUACAAGUUCUGGAACUGCUCCGCGGACAUGUUCGUUGCCAUCUUCAACCGCUGCCACGACCAGCCGCGGCUGUGCACCCCGGAGUGCCUCUACGACAGGAGCCUCUUCACGCCCGCCUGCACCCAGCACAUCCGCGAGAGGCUCGGCGUGUUCCGGACCUUCGACGCCCUCCAGUGCUGCGGGCAGAGGGUGGCGCCGGCCGAGGGGGGCCGCAGCGCCUCCAUCACGGGCGCGCGCUUCCUGGCGCGGCUCUACGCGGCGCAGUCCAAGGAGCGGCCCCCCCGGAGCCAGGAGGGCCCCGCGGCGGAGGGCGUGCAGCCCUCGGGUCGAUCGAGAACUCCGUCCAAGAGCCCCCCCUCGGAGGACGACGACCCGUGCCAGACCAUCUCCGCGCAGGAGAUCGGGAUGAAGUACCGCCUGGACCUCUCCGUCUUCGAGGAGUGGACCACGCUGAGGUUCCUCAUACUCCUGACAGAGAAGGAGCCCGGCACCCACUUCCUGAAGUGCACGUGGUCCGAGCGGGCCUUCCUCCGGGAGCAGGGCUUCGACUUCAUGAUCCCGCCCAGCUGGAGCGCGCCGCCCGGGAGGGUCGGGGUGAUCGAGUUCCACUACAUCACCGAGAAGCGGGACUUCCGACGCCUCGACGCCCGCGGGGACCUCGCCCAGGAGCUGUUCGGGUGGGAGCGGAGCGCCGCCGCCGCGGCGGUCGAGAGGGCCAAGGCCUGAGAGUGCGGGCCGUGCGCCGCUUCCGCCGUCUCCGCGGCCUCCUUCCUCGCCCUGCCUCCCGCACCGCCCCUCACAUCCUCGCGUCGUCCACGCCGCGAAAGCAUCACGACGUCGGAUGUCUGGGGACCCCCUUCUCCCGCACGGUGGCUGUGCUCGGCAGGCGUGCGCAGGGCAUGCUCACUGUUGUCAGGGCACGCCUUGUACCACACCCUGCGGAAGUACCAGGGAGCCUGGCGCGGACGAGAGCUGUACACACGCAUCCGCAGGCCUUUCCAGCGCUCAGUCCUACCACUGCUGGGCACGCCAGCCAUCCGCGCGAGGAAUUGUCCAGCGCGUUGCUUUCGCACUUCCAGCAAGCGAAAGUCCAGCCGCGCGUGUGCUCGGCUUCCUUGUGUAGUUACUGCCAAAGAGCAUGGACUCCGCGGGGUCGGCUUGCGUGCUAGACGCGCCCCGUGCGCGUUGCGGUCGAGAACUUUUGCCCAGCCUGUAGCGCAGCUGGUUCUGGCCCGCCACUCUUCGGCAUGAUCCGCCCACGAAUCUUUGCAGCGGGAGCUCUCGCGUCAGAUUUCGGGCUGGGCCUCUUCCUUUUUUCCUGGUGGCCCUGGCAGGUCAGCACGAGUCCCCCGAGCCCGAAGUCCUGCGCCUCCUCCUCCAGCAG